CAAGGCCCGCCGCUGCUAUCGUGUGAGCUCUUGUACGCACGCGCAAUUGUGUCUGAGCAGCCUUUGUGCCCUCUAGGCGUUCGGGAGGCCGGUGGCGAGGAGCGCUGGGUUCGGGAGCAAUGGGGCUCGGAUCGAACUCUUCCGUGCGGGUUGAAUGGGUUGCUGCAAUCUCAUUAGCUGCAGGAGCAGCUGCUGUUGGAUAUCUAGCAUACACAAGAUUCCUCUCUAAAGACAAAUGCUGCAAGGCAAUGGUAAAUCUCCAUAUACAGAAAGAUAACCCAAAGGUAGUCCAUGCAUUUGAUAUGGAAGAUCUGGGAGAAAAAGCUGUGUAUUGUCGUUGCUGGAGAUCUAAGAAGUUUCCAGUGUGCGACGGUUCUCACACAAAGCACAAUGAUGAAACUGGGGACAAUGUUGGGCCUCUGAUCAUCAAGAGAAAGGAAGCAUAAACUGGAUGGUUUGAGGCCAUGAUUUGUCACAUUAUCUGCUUAUUUGUAAUUGGAGUAAAGAUAAAUUCUGUCUUAGUCAUGUCACUGAAGAUUUUUGGGUGUGGUACAAAGCAGGCUCCAGCAUGUAUAUUUCAUGGUGCUUGUCUUGUUUUAAACACUACAUAUGUAUGUUAAAUACUCAUGUCUUAAGGCUAUUUCUGUCUCAUGAACUGUAUGUCCAUUUUCAUUAAGUAUGAAAUUAAAGUGACAAUUGUACUCAGAACUGUAUGAAGAUAAUAUAUUAAAUUAUUUUCAAAUA